UGUCAAUGAUGGGACACAAGAUACGGGUCCUGCCCUGGAGUACAUUCAGACUCAACCUAUCGGUGACGAGUCCUUACAACGCGGACUUCGACGGCGACGAAAUGAAUCUUCACGUCCCGCAGAGUCUCGAGACUCGGGCAGAGAUGGAACAGUUGGCAAUGGUGCCCAGGAAUAUCAUUACACCGCAGAGUAAUAAACCCGUGAUGGGUAUAGUGCAGGACACACUCACCGCUGUCCGCAAAAUGACAAAACGGGAUGUGUUUUUAGAAAAGGAGCAAAUGAUGAAUCUAUUGAUGUUUUUGCCCAUUUGGGACGGAAAGAUGCCAAUGCCUGCCAUUCUGAAGCCCAAACCCUUGUGGACGGGGAAACAGCUGUUCUCACUGAUCAUUCCCGGACCCGUUUCUCUCAUCCGAAACCAUUCAACACAUCCGGACGAAGAAGACGACGGGCCCUACAAAUGGAUAUCUCCGGGCGAUACCAAAAUCCUUAUAGAACACGGGGAACUCCUGUCUGGUAUCGUGUGCUCUAAGACUGUGGGUAAAGCCGGCGGUUCUAUAAUGCAUGUCGUUUUCAACGAAAUGGGACACGAAAUCUGUGGUCACUUUUACGGACACAUCCAGACUGUGGUCAACAAUUGGCUUCUACUCGAAGGCCAUAGCAUUGGUAUCGGCGACACAUUCGCUGAUCCGGCGACAUAUGAGGACAUUCAAGAGACGAUCAAAAAGGCCAAACAGGAUGUGAUAGAAGUGAUCGAAAAGGCCCACAACGACGAGUUAGAGCCGACGCCCGGCAAUACAUUGCGUCAGACAUUUGAGAAUCAAGUGAAUCGUAUUCUGAACGACGCCCGCGACAAGACCGGCGCCUCCGCACAGAAGUCACUCUCAGAGCACAACAACUUCAAGUCAAUGGUCGUGUCGGGCGCUAAGGGAUCGAAGAUUAAUAUAUCGCAAGUUAUCGCUUGUGUCGGCCAACAGAACGUCGAGGGAAAGCGUAUACCGUUUGGGUUCCGGAAGCGAACUCUUCCGCACUUUAUUAAAGACGAUUACGGACCGGAGUCCAGG